UCUUAUCCAUUCCAUUUACUCAAAUUAUAAAAAAGCAGUCCAGAAAAUUAAAAAAAUCCUAGAAAUUCAAAAGUCCAAUCCAAAGGGGCCCCAAGAGAAUCCACCAAGCAAACAUUGCCCGCAAAUAUCUUUUCCCUCUUCUUCUUCUUCUCCCCACCACCAAACCGCGUGUUUUCCAAUCACCUUCCACGAACCUCUAAAUAAUACUAUUCAAUUUCAACUUCAUCACCCCAUCUCACGGCUUUUGGCUUUUUGGUUAUUAAUUACAACAAAAUGAAAUUAUGAAAUCUUUGAAAAUCAAAACCAUCCGCCUAUUUUUGCUCUCAAUUUCGUAACCCUAAAAUCUCCCUACUCUGACCUAUAAUCAAACACCUACAGUACUUUCUAACACUAACUCUAUACAGAAGACGACCAAUUUCGUUUCAACAUCCAAAAAUGGCUGAGAACGGCGAGGAGAAAUUGCUAGCCGUGGCCCGACACAUAGCCAAGACUCUAGGCCGCAACGACAACAUGGCCGAUGAUAUUUUACAGAUUUUCUCCAACUUCGACGGCAGGUUCUCUCGCGAGAAAUUGGCUUCCGACGACGAGGAUCGCCCUCGGAGCUGCGCCGCUCUCGAACUGACGCUCAAGUCCCUGGACCGUCAGAUCUCCCAGUACGUCGCCGCUGACCAUCCGAUUUGGUCCGACUCGGCCGAUUCCUCGGCCUUCCUGGACUCGAUCGACGAGCUCAUCGCCACCAUCAGGGACUGGACGCCGCUGGCCGUCGACAAGUCCGUCGGCGUUUGCCUCGCGCGCGCCGAGGACCUCAUGCAGCAGGCCAUGUUCCGCCUCGAGGACGAGUUCAGGUCCCUGGUCGAACGCGGCGGCGAGUCACUCGAACUCAGUCGCGCGUACCGCGGUGAGUCGAACGGCAACUUGUCGUUUGACUCGGGGGACGACGAAGAGGAAGAGGAGAUGAUCGGAAACGGCGAGGACCACCAGAUCCCUACGGCGCAGCCGAUUGGGGACUACGACAUCGUGAUCGAUGCGCUUCCUUCUGGCACCAUCAACGACCUCCACGAGAUCGCGAAGCGCAUGGUGACCGCGGGGUUCGGGAAAGAGUGCGCGCACGUGUACAGCAGCUGCCGGAGGGAGUUCUUGGAGGAGAGCUUAUCGAGGCUAGGGUUGCAGAAGCUGAGCAUCGAAGAGGUUCAGAAGACGCCAUGGCAAGACCUCGAAGACGAAAUCGAGCGAUGGAUCAAAUCCGCCAACGUAGCGCUUCGGAUUCUGUUCCCGAGCGAGCGUAGACUCUGCGAUCGAGUCUUCUAUGGCCUCUCCUCUGCUGCCGACCUCUCGUUCAUGGAGGUUUGUCGAGGCUCGACAAUUCAGAUACUCAACUUCGCGGACGCCGUAGCCAUCGGAAGCCGAUCGCCGGAGCGAUUGUUCAAGAUUCUAGACGUGUUUGAGUCCUUGCGGGAUUUGAUGCCUGAGUUCGAGUCCGUGUUUUCGGAUCAUUACUGUUUGUUUCUCAGGAACGAAGCGAUGACGAUUUGGAAAAGGUUGGGCGAAGCUAUCAGAGGCAUUUUCAUGGAGUUAGAGAAUCUGAUCAGUCGCGAUCCCGCCAAAACCCCAGUUCCUGGUGGCGGACUUCAUCCUAUCACUCGAUACGUGAUGAAUUAUCUCCGAGCGGCUUGCCGAUCGCGCCAGACGCUCGAGCAAGUUUUCGAGGACAGCACUGCGGUCUCUCGUCAGCCCAAGGUUGAUGAUCGUGCCUCGUCUUCGAUGUCGGUCCAAAUGGCGUGGAUUAUGGAGCUUUUGGAGAGCAAUUUAGAGGCCAAGUCGAAGAUUUACAGGGACUCUGCUUUGUGCUAUGUUUUCAUGAUGAACAACUCGAGGUACAUAGUACAGAAAGUGAAAGACAGCGAAUUAGGAUCGCUUUUGGGCGACGAUUGGAUCAGAAAACACACUGCAAAAGUCCGGCAGUACCAUGUGAAUUACCAGAGAAGCUCAUGGAAUAAAGUGUUGGGAGUGUUGAAGCUUGAGAGUGGCUCAUUAGCACCCAAUGUUGCUGUCAAGUCCAUGAAAGAGAAGCUCAAAUUGUUCAACAUAUACUUCGAUGAGAUCUGUAAAACUCAAUCCAAUUGGGUUGUUUUCGACGAUCAGCUCAGGGAUGAAUUGAGAAUUGCCCUAGCGAAAAACUUGUUGCCGGCGUAUCAGAACUUUAUCGGAAGGUUUCAUAAUGUGCCAGAAAUCGGGAGGCAUGACAAGUACAUUAAAUAUGCUAAUGAGGACAUCGAGGCUAAGAUUAACGACUUGUUUCGGGGCAGUCGAGGAUCCGCCGGCGCUGGCCGGAAGUGAAGAAGCUUAAGCUGCUAGUGAUGGUUGUCUGUAUGUACUAAAAAAAGGAAGUUUACAACAAAAGUUUUGUUUAUGUAUUAUUGAAUGGUCCGAAAGAACUUGUGACCACCUUGUACUCUAGAUGUUUGCUUGUGUGUAGUACAGUUUUUCUUUUGCCCCCUACCCCUUAUUUGUGAAUGCAAAGCCAUAGAUUGGUGCUAUUAUCAAUCUCAUAAGUUUUGGUUUUA